ACAGGAAAGGUGUAUUGCUGAAGUUUACCCAAACCAAUCCCCAUUAUCACCAAUACCACCAAAACUAUCUACUCUACACACCCACCGAAGAAACCGCCAUGGGAGAGCUCGAUCAAGCUUUCGUCCAAGCCCCUGAACACAGACCGACCGCCAAAACCUCCGGAAGCUUCUCCGACGGCGAGAUCCCAAUCAUCGAUCUCUCGUUAUUUCGAAACCUGGAAGGCGCAAACGCAAACGCAAACGCAAACGCAAACGCGAUCGCAAGCGCGAUUGGGGAGGCAUGCGAGAGGUGGGGUUUUUUCCAGGUGAUAAACCACGGAGUGGCGUCGGAGACGCGGCGGCGCUUGGAGGAUACGGCGGCGGAGUUCUUCGGGAUGGAGACGGCGGAGAAGAGGAAGGUGAAGAGGGACGAAGUGAAUCCGAUGGGAUAUCACGACGAAGAGCACACUAAGAACGUUAGAGAUUGGAAGGAAGUCUUUGAUUUCUUCCUCCAGGAUCCCACGGUGGUUCCGGCGUCUCCAUCGCCGGAGGAAACCGGUGAGAGGAUGCUCACGAACCAGUGGCCCAAAAACCCUCCUGGUUUCAGAGAGGCAUGCCAAGAAUAUGCAAGAGAAGUUGAGAAACUAGCCUUCAAGCUAUUGGGACUCAUCUCUAUAAGUUUAGGUCUACCGGGUGACCGUUUAACAAGUUACUUCAAGGAGCAAACAAGCUUCUUGAGGCUCAACCAUUAUCCUCCUUGCCCUUGUCCCGAGUUAGCCCUAGGUGUCGGCCGCCACAAAGACGGCGGAGCCUUGACAAUCUUGGCACAAGAUAAUGUCGGAGGAUUGCAAGUGAGUCGAAGGUCGGAUGGACAAUGGAUUCCAAUAAAGCCUAUCCCUGAUGCCUUGAUCAUCAACAUCGGCAAUUGUAUGCAGGUGUGGACAAACGACAAGUAUUGGAGCGCAGAGCAUAGAGUGGUGGUGAAUCCGACAAAGGAGAGAUACUCAAUGCCGUUCUUCUUCUUCCCGGGAAGCAAAGUCGACGUGAAGCCAUUGGAAGAGCUUCUAAGUGGCCAGAGCCCUCCGAGCUAUAAGGAAUACAAUUGGGGGAAGUUCUUUGUCUCGAGGAACAGAAGUGACUUCAAGAAGCUGGAAGCCGACAACAUCCAGAUCGACCAUUUCAGAGUAUCUCCUCCUGCCUAAGUAAAUAAAAAAACAGCUUAGUUUAUAAAUUAAUCAUGCUCUGUGUGUGUGUUUUUUUAAUCGGUGUAUGUUCGAUAAUUAUGUUUAAUACCAUUUAAUCAAAAUUAGCUGGUAUUAUUAGUACUAUUUUAUAAUUGGUCCA